ACGCAGUGACGUAACUUCCGCACUUCCGGCUUGCAACGUGAAGCGAGUGAGACCAAAGAAAGUCAACUCUUACUCUGAAACAGUAGUUAGCAGGAGUUGGGCGCUGUAGUAACUCUAGAUAAGUCGCGCAAUCUGUUAUAAAACCAAAGAAGCUCCGAGGGAAUAUGGCUGAGAGUGACUGGGAUACAGUGACCGUGCUGAGGAAGAAAGGAUCCGCGUCGCAGGCCAAAUCCAAACAGGCAGUAACUGCAGCCCAGAGACGAGGAGCGGAGGUGGAAACUACAAAGAAGUGGGCUGCAGGUCAGAAUAAACAGCAUGUUGUAACUAAAAACACAGCCAAACUGGACAGAGAAACAGAGGAGCUCCAUCACGAGCGCGUACCUCUGGAGGUGGGCAAAGUCAUACAGCAGGGCCGGCAAAACAAAGGCUUAACCCAGAAGGACCUGGCCACAAAAAUUAAUGAGAAGCCACAAGUAAUUGCAGAUUAUGAAUCAGGAAAAGCCAUCCCCAAUAAUCAAGUAAUGGGAAAGAUUGAGAGAGCUAUCGGACUUAAACUGCGUGGAAGGGAAAUUGGGCAGCCCCUCGACCCAGGGCCCAAGAAGAAAUGAACAAAAAAUCCUCGAAAUCCACCACUUAGCAUGCAGAAUCCCUCAGACUAUUCUGGCCUUACAGUCCGUUUCCACAUGCUGCUGCCUCAUUAAUUCCCUUUAAAACAGUAAUAAAACUGCUUAUUUAAGUGGUGGACCAAAUGUCAAUUCACUGACAAUAUAAUGAAAUGAAAGCAUCUUUUCUUACAUAAUACUGGUCUUUUUUUCCCUUUAAUUUGGACAGACUGAAGUGUCUCCUGUUGUGUACAUUUACAUAAUUUUAUGCUUGCCUUGAAGUUUAAAUAAAUUUUGGCAUUUGAUUUAA